AUGGAAGUCUACAACCUCACCACCAUCGAUGAAUUUAUCCUCUUAGGGCUCUCUAAUCUCCCUGAGGUGCGAUAUCCUCUCCUUGUGCUUUUGGCUGUCAUCUAUCAGGUCACCUUGCUGGGAAACGGUACCAUUCUCUUUGCCAUCGGGACUGAGAAAAAGCUGCGCACACCCAUGUGUUACUUCCUGGCUAAUUUGUCCCUCUUAGACAUAUUCUGCCCAUCAACUAUCAUUCCCAAGAUUCUUGAGAACCUGCUGACUGAGAAGCAAAGCAUUUCUUUCAUUGGGUGUGCUUUGCAGCUCUAUUUCCUGGUGGCCCUGGCAGGGACCGAGGUCUUCCUUCUCGCAGUCAUGGCUUAUGACCGGUCUGUGGCCAUCUGCUUCCCCCUCCGCUACACCCUCAUCAUGACCAAGGCACGCUGUGCCCAGCUGAUGGCUGGAUGCUGGGCAGCAGGGUUUCUUAAUUCCCUUCUGCACACAGUGUCCACGUUCCGCCUGUCCUUCUGCAAGUCCCAUCGCGUGGACCAGUACUACUGUGACAUCCCACCAGUGGUGGCUCUCUCCUGUUCCUCCACAUAUGUGGCAGAGAUGCUUGUUUUGGUGGAAGGAGGUGUCCUGGGGACGGUUCCCAUACUGAUCACCUUUAUCUCUUAUAUGCACAUCAUAUCCACCAUCCUAAAGAUCCGGUCAUCUGAAGGGAAACGCAAGGCCUUCUCCACAUGCACUUCUCCCCUCCUUGUCGUGGGUCUGUUUUAUGGCACAUUAAUGUUUACCUACAUCCACCCCUCCUCCAAUCAACACUCCCCAGGCAGAACCAGGCUCAUCUCCAUGCUGUCUAGUGUUAUCACCCCAUUGUUAAACCCCAUCAUCUACAGCUUGAGAAACACAGAGGUUAAAGAAGCAAUCAAAAGGUUUCAUGUCGUACCACAUGUUUAUAGCAAGCAUAGUGUUGACAAAAAGAAUUUAGUUAGCACUCUGCUUAGAAUAAAGUCAUAG